AUGAUAGUUAAGAGCAAGGCCCAUUCUGAUCACCCAGCCGACCUAAAGGAGACGCUGAGCACACUGAGGAAGUAUCGUAUGAUGCUCAAUCCUAAGAACUGCGUCUUCGGAGUGAAAGGCGGCAAGUGCCUCGGAUUUCUAGUUGAUGAAAGGGGUAUUGAAGCCAACCUCGACAAGAUCAAAGCGGUGCUGGAAAUGAAAUCCCCCCGGAAUGUCAGAGAAGUGCAGCGCCUAACCGGAUGUCUAGCUACUCUCGGGCGAUUCCUCUCGCGGUCGGCUGAUAAGAGCCUGUUUUUCUUCAAGGCACUCAAGAGAAAAGAGUUCACUUGGGACGAAGAGGCUGAGCAAGCCUUCACUUCCCUCAAACUUCAUCUUUCAACACUCCCAAAGCUUAUGUCUCCCUUGCCGGGGGAAACGUUGUUCAUAUACCUGGCAGUCUCGGAAUAUGCUCUGAGUGCCGUGCUGGUGGCCGAAAGGGAAGGGGCGCAGCAUCCCGUCUAUUUCAUUAGCCACGCCUUCCGAGGUGCAGAAGCUAAAUAUUCCGAGGUGGAGAAGAUGGUCUUCGCCCUCGUCAUGGAAAGUAGAAAGCUAAAACCCUACUUUCAAGCCCAUCAGAUAAAAGUCCUCACCGGACAGCCUCUCCGUAAGGUAAUCGAAAGCAGGAACCAUUCCAGUCGGAUGACAGACUGGGCCGACCAACUAGCGGAUUUUGGUUUAGAAUAUGAACCUCGGAGAGCAAUAAAAGCCCAAGCCUUGGCGGAUUUCAUAACCGAAUGCACAACUCGGCCCCCGGUUGGCCAGAAUGAAGAGUGGGAACUAUAUGUGGAUGGUUCUUCCACCAAGUCGGGAUGUGGAGCGGGGCUAGGGCUCAAGCCUCCGGUCGGAGAGAAAAUGGAGUAUGCAAUCAAGUUCGAAUUCCUGGGGUCGAACAAUGAAGCAGAGUAUGACGCUCUCAUCCUCGGACUUCAGCUGUGCAUUCUUGCGGGAGCUACAGCCAUUGAGGCCCGAUCGGACUCCCAGCUUAUAGUGGGUCAGGUCUCGGGGGAGUACGAGGCCAAGGAGGAUAAUAUGAGAAUGUAUCUGGCCAAAGCACAAGAGUUCAUCAAAAAGCUCUCCCACUUCCAUAUUAGCCACAUACCCAGGUCGGAAAAUCAACAAGCCGAUGCCCUGGCGCGCAUGGCUAGCUCAGCAGAGGGGUCAGCCCCUCGGACCAUCAUGUGGGAGGUACUUCACCAGCCCAGCAUAAACGCGAAAGAACAGCUGAUUCUAGACCGAACGUCCACUUGGAUGGAUGAGGUGGUCGAAUAUUUAAGGGAUGGAGCCCUCCCAGCAGAUGCCAAAGAAGCCGAAAGGAUCAAACACCGAGCAGGUUGGUUCUUAUGGCAUGACGAGCAGCUCUACAAGAAGUCAUACACGCACCCACUGCUAAUGUGCGUAACCCCUGAAGAAGGAAAUUACAUCCUAAGGGAAUACACCAAGGGGCGUGUAGCAGUCAUCAAGGGGGGAGAACCAUAG